AUGGUGGCGCCACCGGACUUUGCUGGUAUUUUUCAGCCAACUAGCCGGUCUUUUCACUCCGAUUUAGCUAUGGGUUCCGGUGUGGCGGCGGGUGGCGGUGGUCAGCUCUCCAGCGGCUGGGUCGUCUUCUUCGGUGAAUGUUGUGAUUGGAGGGAGAGAGGUUUGAUUGUCAAUGGUGGGAUGCAUUGGGAAGAGGCUCAUUGGAGAAAUGGGCACAUUUGGAACCUUUCUGAUUGUCAUGUCCUGGGAUGCAAUUUGCACCAUGAUGUCCCUGACACAUCAAAGAAAAGGUUAUUUGAACUUCAUGAGAUCUUUAGGAGCAUACCUAGUGUAACAAAUAAGGGAAAGCCUGACAAUUUUAGAAUAGUAUCAACGGCUGACUCUGGCAGAUCUGGCAUUUGGGAUGUUGCUGAUGAUAUUCUAAUUAAAAUAUUAAACACACUUGGCCCUAAUGAUCUUGUUAGAAUUGCAGCUACUUGUCACCAUCUAAGAUCAUUGGCUGCAUUUGUAAUGCCGUGUAUGAAAUUAAAACUUUUUCCUCAUCAGAGAGCUGCAGUUGAAUGCAUGUUACAUCGUGAGCGGAAUGCUGAAGUUCUGCCACAUCCUCUGUUCAUGAAAUUCUAUUCUGAUGAUGGAUUUGAUUUCUUUGUAGAUGCUGUUUCCGGUUACAUAGUUACUGGGGUAGCUCCAACAAUCAAGGAUUUUCGUGGGGGAAUGUUCUGUGAUGAGCCUGGUUUAGGAAAGACAAUAACUGCUCUUUCACUUGUUCUGAAGACACAAGGAACAAUGGCUGAUCCACCAGAUGGGGUUCAAAUAAUGCGGUGUCUGCAUAAUGGCGAACAAAGUGGUGGCUACUAUGAGCUUAGUGGUGAUCGCUUAUCCUGUGAUAAUGUGUUUUUAGGCAGAAGGGUGAUGACUCCAAGUGUUCGUAGGGGGCGGUUAUCUCUGGAUGAAUUUUCUCCAGUAAAUGAUUUAAAGCUCAGCUCUCCAAAAAGGGUCAGGUUAAUGAACCCAGGUGAGCAAAUUGCUGAAUUUAGUGAUUCAUAUCAUGAUAAAGGAACAAAAUCAGAUUUGGCUUCGCAGAGUGAGGGAAUGGUUCGAUGCACACAGAGACUGAGCCACAUCAGAAAAAAUCUUCUGUAUGCCUAUGAUAGCAAACCUGGUUUUCGUAAAAGUAAGAAGGUUGAGAAAAACAAAGCCAUGAAGAAGUUUAGUUCACGUGAUGUGGGACGUGCCUUUCAGGGUGAUGAAGAUGGCUUGCCAUAUGGAAUGGCGUACAGUUGUAAAAAGAAAGUUACUGGAGAUGACUGUGUGCAAGAUGACACUUGGGUUCAGUGUGAUGCCUGUUUCAAAUGGAGGAGGCUUUUAGAGACGAGUGUAGCCGAAGCGAAUGCAGCCUGGUUUUGCAGUAUGAAUGCUGACCCUUUGCAUCAGAGUUGUAAUGAUCCAGAAGAGGCUUGGGAUAAUCACCAGUCUAUAACACACCUACAGGGAUUCUAUACCAAGGGGACUUCUGGGGGAGAGGAUCGAAACGUGUCAUUUUUUACUAGUGUGCUUAAGGAACAUUCUUCUCUAAUAAAUUCUAAAACAAAGAAGGCCUUGACUUGGCUGGCUAAACUUUCUCCGGACAAACUCUUGGAAGUGGAAACAAUUGGUUUGUCAAGUCCAUUUCUAGGUGGUUGUGUUGCUGAAGAUGCCAAUGGUUUCCACAAAAUAUUCCAGGCAUUUGGUCUCAUAAAGCGAGUAGAAAAGACUGUUAGUAGGUGGUAUUACCCACGAAGUCUCCACAACUUGGCAUUUGAUUUACCUGCCCUGAGAAUCGCUCUCUGCAAGCCAUUAGAUUCUGUUAGGUUGUAUUUGUCAAGAGCAACUUUAAUUGUGGUUCCAGCAAAUCUAGUUGAUCACUGGAAAACACAAAUCGAAAGACAUGUUAGCCAUGGUCAACUGCGGCUUUGCAUAUGGACUGAUCAAAGGAAGCUUCCUGCCCACAAUUUGGCUUGGGACUAUGACGUUGUUAUAACUACUUUCAAUCGCUUAAGUGCAGAAUGGGGUCCCCAUAAGAAAAGUCCACUAAUGCAAGUUCACUGGCUUAGAAUCAUGUUAGAUGAAGGGCACACUCUUGGCUCUAGUCUUAAUCUGACAAACAAAUUGCAGAUGGCCAUUUCUUUGACAGCUUCCAAUCGUUGGUUAUUAACAGGAACACCAACUCCUAACACACCUAACAGUCAGCUU